CACCACCUUACUCAUCCUCUAGCUUAUCUUGCCCUAACCACUAUGGCUCUAAACUUCAAUUCCAAAUCCAUUCUUGCAAUCCUUUUCCUCUUGGGAACGUGUGCUUACGAAGUCACUUCCCGCACCCUUGCCCUUGAAGAGGCAUCCUUGGUCCAACGUCAUGAGCGGUGGAUGGCUCGCCAUGCACGCUCAUAUAAAGAUGACGUUGAAAAAGCUAAUCGAUUCAAAAUAUUCAAACAAAAUUUAGAGUUUAUUGAGUCGUUUAACAAAGCUGGCAACCGAUCUUACAAACUUGGUCUGAAUAAAUUUUCAGAUAUGAGUCACGAAGAGUUCAAAGCCACAAUGCUUAUUGACGCAAACAAAUUCGUUCGCCCUACUACUAAGUUUCCAAAAGGAAACUCGUUUGGAAAUAAUGAGAGUCUCGUUGAUGCUCCAAACAGUGUGAACUGGAUAGAGAGGGGAGCUGUUACUGCAAUCAGAAAUCAACACCGAUGUGGUGCAUGCUGGGCAUUUUCAACCGUGGCAGCAGUGGAAGGAAUAACCCAGAUAAAAACCGGGCGGCUAGUUCCCUUGUCGGAGCAACAACUGGUGGACUGCGACACCACCAACAAAGGCUGCGACGGUGGCUGGCCAACCAAGGCCUUCCAGUACGUGCAGGAAGCCAACGGCCUCAUGUCGGAAUCCGACUAUCCCUACAAGGGAUACCAGCAAGCCACGUGCGCCACCACCGGCGGCUACGCCGCGGCAACAAUAACCGGGUUCGAGCAAGUGGAGCAGGGCGAAGACGCGCUCCUCCAGGCCGUGAGCAACCAGCCCGUCUCCAUCAUCAUCUCUCUCGACGGCUACGAGCUCCAACAUUAUGGCAGCGGCGUAUUCGCCAAUGAUUGCGGCAGCGGCUCCUUGCACGCUAUCACGGUGGUGGGGUACGAUGCCACCAUGGAAGGGGAUAAGUAUUGGCUGGUUAAGAAUUCGUGGGGUACCACUUGGGGCGAGAAUGGGUAUAUAAAAAUGGCGAGAGAUAUGGUUGAGGGAGGGCUCUGUGGGCUUGCUAAAAUGGCUUCUUACCCUACCAUUGAUUAAGUUUAAUUAAACCCUGCUUUGCAAGAUAUUUUGCACUCUAUCAACUAUAGUAAUAUUAUAUUUGUACCCAUCCAAAAAGUUUAGAUUAUACUCCGCAAUGUAGAGUGUAAUAUAAAUUCUGAUUUCUGUUUCAUUGUACCCAAAGAUCAAUUACUAAAUAUUUAUAAUAUAAGCUCAAACAGGUUGUUUUUGAA